AUGAAAAUAAGCUUUUGCACAGACUUGGAUAAGAGCGUGGUGGUGGCGAAUUGCGAAAAAAGAGGUUGGUUGCAAGUCGGACCCGAAGAUGACUGGAACGUUUAUUGGGCCGGAACCCAAACUUGUCGAAGCUUGUUCAGCGUCGAUAGUGGAUACAGGAUGAACGAUAAUCAGAUCAUCAAUCAUUUUCCAAACCAUUACGAAAUCUCCAGAAAAGACUUGCUAGUCAAAAACAUAAAACGUUACCGUCGAGACCUGGAAAAAGAAGGCAACAUCAUGGCCGAAAGGGGUGACUCCAAGUAUCUUCAUUUGGACUUCAUUCCGGUCACUUUCGUGCUACCCGCAGACUACAACAUGUUCGUGGAAGAGUACAGAAAAGCACCGCAAAGUACUUGGAUAAUGAAACCUUGCGGUAGAUCUCAAGGUUCCGGGAUAUUUCUGAUCAAUAAACUGUCGAAGCUUAAACGAUGGUCUAGGGAAUCAAAAACUCCGUUUCAACAGCAAUUGACCAAAGAAAGUUAUGUUAUAUCAAAGUACAUCGACAAUCCCCUAUUAAUAGGUGGCAAAAAAUUUGAUUUAAGAUUAUACGUCCUAGUAACCUCAUUUCGUCCAUUGAAAGCCUACCAAUUCAAAUUGGGAUUCUGUCGUUUCUGUACCGUCAAAUACGAUUCCAGUGUGGCAGAGCUGGAUAACAUGUACGUGCAUUUGACGAACGUUUCAGUGCAAAAACACGGAGGCGAAUACAAUUCGCUUCAUGGAGGCAAAAUGAGCGUCCAAAAUUUGCGGCUCUACCUGGAAAGUACCCGAGGAAAACAAGUUACUGAAAAGCUGUUUGAUCAAAUUAGUUGGUUGAUUAUACACAGCCUCAAAGCAAUCGCUCCGGUUAUUUCGACGGAUAGACAUUGUUUCGAGUGUUACGGCUAUGACAUUAUAAUCGAUAAUAAGCUGAAGCCUUGGUUGAUCGAAGUCAAUGCUUCGCCGUCGCUAACAUCCACAACGGCAAACGAUAGAAUUUUAAAGCACAAAUUGUUGGAUAAUAUUUUUAAUAUUGUCGUGCCUCCUACAGGGACACCCGAUGUUCGGUGGAAUAAGAUUCCACUUCCUGAAGCCUUGGGCGAUUUCGAGUUACUGAUUGACGAGGAUCUGGUAAGCCUGAAUGAGAAUGGUGAAAGUGGGUUUUCUAGGAAUAAUUCUAAAUGGAAAUAG